AAACGUGCAUGCAAAAUGCGUGUCCCCGUGAUCCGAACUCAGGAUACCUGAAUAGUAAAAUAAUCAUUCAUGCAUUAUAAUCUACGAAUGACGCAAGCAAACAUUCCCAUUUUAGAUCCUACUUGGAUCGUACAUAUUAAAUAUUAAAGUAUUCCCGUGUACUUCAAUAAAUUUUACAUAAAUUGCUUAUAUUUAAUGGCGUAUUGAUACUAAAAAGAAUGUUUAAAUAAUUUGCGGCCAAUUUGACCAGAAUUGGUUAAACACCUGAUUAAUUUGAAUAGGAGACAUACGAAAGUAGGAUAUAAAUAAAUUAAAUAUAUUAGGAAAAAGUGCAUAGUAAAAAAUCUCUCAUUUUUUCAUUUUGAAUACGAUAUUUAUUCACCCCACUUUUCUUAACCUGAGAAUCACUCCGACAAACAGUAUUCCCACCUAAAAAUAAGCAAAUUUCUGUCUUUUAUAGAUACAGGAUUCUGUUUAUGUUUAAGCGAGUCAUGCAGUAGAUCGAAUUAUUCAAUACAGUGCACACCGUGAGAUUACUAUUUGAAAUAAUCACCGGUUAUCUUUUCUGAUGUAGAAUAGAAUAACCUUUAUUUCGUUAUAGUGGAAGGAGAAGCAAUACAAAUGAUUUCAAUAUAAUUUAUUAUAAUAACAAGUUUAUAAACGAUUACAGUUUAUUCUAUAAAAGACUGCUUAGAAAUAUUUACAAAAGUAAGAAUGACAGCGAUACUAGGUGCUGGAAUAGCAGGUCUAUCGGCUGCAUAUUAUGCUCUUCAAAACCCAAAAGUGGGCCCACUUGUUCUAUUAGAAGCGUCAAAUCGUGUAGGCGGUUGGAUACGUUCCAUAAAACAAGCCGAUGGAACAGUUUUUGAGAAAGGUCCCAGAGUUAUGAGGAUUCUAUAUACCUCAGAUAGCGCACUCAAUUCACUGAGUUUAAUUGAAGAAUUAGGAUUGUCCUCUAAAUUUAUUCCUAUCAAAAUGAGCCAUCCCAGUGUUCAAAAUCGCUAUAUUUAUGCAGAUAACGCUAUACAUCUCGUUCCUAGUAGUUUAAAAGGAUUAUUGACAAAGAAUUCAUUAUUGAAUCGUCCACUAAGUAGUCUUAUAGUGAAUGAUUUUAAAGCUGAAAGAGUUUCUAAGGACGAUGAGAGUAUACACAGUUUCAUAGAGAGAAGAUUUGGCAAAGAUGUAGCUGAGAAACUAGCUGCUCCAGUAUUGUGUGGCAUUUCUGGCGGUGAUGUACACGAAUUAAGCGCAAAGUCUUUUAUGCCAAAGAUAUUCAAGGUUGAACAGGAACAUGGUUCCGUAUUUCUGGGUCUUGUCAAGCAAAAAUAUUCAGAUUACAAAAAACGAAAAGCAGAAGCUAAACAUGUUCAGAAUUCGCGUAAGACGUAUGGGAACAUAAUAGAAAGAAGUAAAAGAGAAGGAUGGUGUAGAUGGGGACUAGAAGGAGGUUUAGAACAAUUGCCUCAAGCAUUGGCUGAGAACAUAUCUAAACGCGGAGUAAAUAUGAAAUUGGAACAUAACUGUGAAAAGAUGGUAUUUAAUAAAGACUCUGUAGAAUUAACUGUGAAUGGUAAAGUCGAGAAGUAUUCUCGAGUUAUAUCGAGCUUGCCUGCCAGAAACUUAGGUGAUUUAGUGAAAGAGCAACACCCAGAAUUAUCUAAAGAAUUGCACAGUAUACCUACUGUAACAAUAGCUGUUGUUAAUCUUCAAUAUCCGACAAAUGUCUUACCCUUAAAUGGAUUUGGAGUUCUCGUUGCGCCAAAGGAAAAGAUCCCAAUUUUGGGUGUGAUAUUUGACUCGUGCGUCUUUCCUCAAAACUCGAAUAUGACAGUACUGACAGUAAUGAUGGGUGGAGCAUGGUUCGAAAAAUACUUCGGUCAAUGUUCAUCCGACGAACAAUUAAAGACUGUAGCGAUCAAAUACUUGAAUGAAAUUUUGCGCAUUAACGACGAUCCCAAGGCAUAUAACGUUUCCAUUCUGAAGAACUGUAUUCCACAAUACGUAGUAGGUCACGAGCAACGCUUAAAAUGCAUCCACGAUUAUAUCUCCACGCAUAAAAUUCCUUUAGGGCUGUGUGGCUCUUCGUAUCACGGUAUAGCAGUCUCUGAUGUUAUUCUGUCAGCAAAAGAGGCUAUUUCUAAUAUCGAUUAAAGUAUGCGAUAAUUCUGUGAAACUGAAAUUCCGCUCUGCUAGCCAGAUACUGAACGAUUCGUCGAUUUAAGGACGAAUUAGUACACAUGCAUGAAACAAUAUGACAAAAAACUUAAUACGCCAAAAAUUGUUUUUAAAAAUGUAAACUGUAAUAUAAUUAGAUUGAAAUUACAUGCAUGAUCCAUGCAGAAUAAAACUUCAAAGAAAAAUGCAUAUAAAAAAUAAUUGAAGAACGUAUUGCAAUUUAAAAAUUGCAUACUUAAGAUAAUUAUUCCAAGUUAGCAUUUUUUA